CCUCCGCCCUGGCCCCCAUCGGACAGUGUACCGCGGGCUUGGGGAACAGGAGAGGAAGGAAGGAAGGAGCUAGGAGGCGGUCGCACGGUUCUCAGGUUUCCUUCCUCUCCCGCCGCAGAGGUCGCGAGAGCCCAGCCCGGCCACCUGGAAGCAGGCGACAAAGGUUGCGCGUGUGCUCGGCGGGGCGAGCAUGGAGGGCGCGGACCUGGUCGCCAAGGUGCUCUCCACCUGGCUGACGCUGGUGCUCGGCCUCAUCCUGCUGCCCUCGGCCUUCGGGUUGUCGCUGGGCAUCUCCGAGGUCUACAUGAGGAUCCUGGUGAAGACCCUGGAGUGGGCCACGCUCCGAAUUGAAAAAGGUGCCCCAAAGGAGUCGGUGCUUAAAAAUUCAGCUUCUGUUGGUAUUAUCCAAAGAGACGAGUCACCCAUGGAAAAAGGGCUCUCUGGUCUUCGAGGAAAGGACUUUGAGCUCUCUGACGUGUUUUAUUUCUCCAAGAAGGGAUUGGAAGCCAUUGUGGAGGACGAAGUGACCCAGAGGUUCUCCUCAGAGGAGCUGGAGUCAUGGAAUCUCCUCACUAGAACCAACACCAAUUUCCACUACAUCAGUCCUCGGCUCACCAUGGUGUGGGUGCUGGGCGUCAUAGUCCGCUAUUGCGUCCUGCUGCCUCUGAGGGUUACCCUUGCUUUCAUUGGGAUCAGUCUGCUGGUUAUAGGGACGACCUUGGUUGGGCAGCUGCCAGACAGCAGCCUCAAGAGCUGGCUGAGCGAAGUGGUGCACCUGACUUGCUGUCGGAUCUGCGUGCGGUCCCUCUCGGGCACCAUUCAUUACCAUAACAAGCAGUACCGGCCCCGGAAAGGGGGCAUAUGCGUCGCCAACCACACGUCCCCGAUCGAUGUUUUGAUCUUGACCACGGAUGGAUGCUACGCAAUGGUUGGCCAGGUUCAUGGCGGACUGAUGGGGAUUAUUCAGAGAGCCAUGGUCAAGGCGUGUCCUCACGUCUGGUUUGAGCGCUCAGAAAUGAAGGAUCGGCACCUGGUUACAAAGAGACUAAAAGAACAUAUUGCCGAUAAGAAAAAAUUACCCAUAUUAAUCUUCCCUGAAGGGACCUGCAUCAACAAUACUUCAGUCAUGAUGUUUAAAAAGGGAAGCUUUGAGAUUGGAGGAACCAUACACCCUGUUGCAAUUAAGUAUAACCCCCAGUUUGGGGACGCUUUUUGGAAUAGUAGUAAAUACAACAUGGUGAGCUACCUGCUUCGCAUGAUGACCAGCUGGGCCAUCGUCUGUGACGUGUGGUACAUGCCACCCAUGACCAGAGAGGAAGGAGAAGAUGCUGUCCAGUUUGCAAAUAGGGUUAAGUCUGCUAUUGCUGUACAAGGAGGAUUGACUGAACUUCCCUGGGAUGGUGGGCUGAAGAGAGCAAAAGUGAAGGACACCUUUAGGGAGGAACAGCAGAAGAAUUACAGCAAGAUGAUUGUGGGCAAUGGUGCUCUCAACUUGGAAUCAGACUGACGGCGCCCUGGAAAGAUCUUGGCUUCCUACAGCUACCCCUAGAAAUGCAGUGGUUGGGUGUGGGGGGUGUUGUUUUGUUUUAGUGUUUUUGUUUGUUUUUUUGAGACAGGGUCUUGAUAUA